AACGCAGUACCGGUUUGAACGCGCUUCAUUGAGCCACACGCGCUGCUGUCAUCGGCAGCCUCUACUCGCGCGUAUGGAUUCGUGACAGGUAACGCACCUCUAUUACGAACCCCAGCCUACUUUGAUCCAUUGCUAUCGAGGGUUAGUGUGAUUUGAGCUGGCGGUAAUUACCAGUGAUUUCCGGUGUCCGAAGUAGUGCAGUUUCAACAGUGUUUUGGGUGUCGAUUUACUACUGUUAGAAAAUGUGUGUCACAACACAUUACCAAUGUCUAGCAGUGGUUUGAUAAGACAAGAAAAUGGUGUCUUCGAUAUCAAGCAAAAGCUGUUCUUGAAAGCUGUGUAGUGUCCACGGUCGGGUCGGUGAGUGUCUUUGAAGAAGUUACUAAAGAUAUCGUGUAUCCGCAGGGAAGAUUCAGCGCCUGAUAAGAGUGAUAAGCAAUAAAUGCUACUGGACAACAGCUUUGCAGUGGAGUCUGAUACGCUGAUACCAUGUGAUUGUGCAAAAACAGAAUGAAGUUUCAAGGUGAAUAAUGCAAAGCUGGAAACAAUCGAUUCCGAAUCGAGUGAGAUUUCUUCACACAUACGUAAACGAUCGCAGAUCAUUGCAAUUGCACCGAACGCGUCUGGCACGCCCGAGUGUUUGGGCUUGGCCUGGAGUGGAGGUCAUUAAAUUUGCAUUAAGUGCAUGUUGUGGCUAGCAGUCGUUGCGGUUGGAAUCUCAAGGCGGAGCUGGUGUUGUGAUACGAUAAAUCGUUCGAAUAUCAACCACGGUAGGAGCAUCACGCGUUAAGUGGAUCAUCACCAAGCCAUGUCCUUCAUUUGAUUAGAUGUCCAUUAAUAAGCUUACCGGCGUGCUAGAACCGACAAGAUGGGUAAAACCACCAGCAAACUGGAUAAACGACGCUCUCAGAGCAUUUCCUGGAGUUACAAAUUCGGUACGGCCAGCCGGCGGAAGAAGCAUGCCGCCCUCGUUAUUACCUCGCUGCCCCACAUGGAGCUGGGCGAAUGGCUACAGCGGCUCGACCUGGCCGAAUACGGUGAUAAAUUUAAAUCGUUCAACGGUGUGGAGGAGCUACUGUUUCUCGGUGAGGCGGACAUCAAGAAGCUCGGUAUCCGGAACAACGCACACCGGGCCCGGAUCGUUAGCAGUUUGGUGGCGCUGCGGGAGAAACUCGUCCAAGAAUCGCACGGCAAGCAAAGGAAUGGUGCGGACGAACAUCGGAACCGAGCCCAGAUGCGGCACAGUGUGGCAGUGGAUGGGGCAAGAGGUGAGAAGACGUACAGCACGGCGACGGACAACGAUAAUAGCAUCUAUGAAUGUCUGACGCCGGCCAACACCAAGCAGAGUAAGAGCUGUGGCGAUCUGUUAGAUAUGGAAACGACACCGGACGGCGGAAAUGAAGCCGUCGCACUGAAGAAAGCGCUCGAGUGGGAGCUGUCGCUAGACUCGCGGGACCUUCGAUCGCACGCCUGGUACCAUGGACCGAUACCGCGCCAACGGGCGGAAGAGAUCGUCCAGAGGGAGGGUGACUUUCUGGUGCGGGACUGUGUUUCGCAGCCGGGCAACUAUGUGCUUACGUGCAAAACUAAGGGACCGACGCUGCAUUUCGUGAUCAACAAGCUGCUUCUCCAACCGGAAACCGUAUACGAGCGUGUGCAGUAUCAGUUCGAGGACGAUGCCUACGACACAGUUCCUGAUUUGAUUACCUUCUAUGUGGGCUCGGGAAAAUCCAUAUCGGUCGCAUCGGGAGCAAGAAUUCAAUUUCCGUGCAACCGAACGUACCCGCUGUCGUUCUACGCUGGCAAGUGUCCACAGAAUGUGGCCGGUAUAGCGGGCAUCCGAGGGCCGAGCCCCCUCAACUCACCCUCACCGGUACCAUCCUCGCCCGGCUUUAGGUAUAAUCCGUACACGCAGCAGACCAGCACCUACCGCAGCCCGAUGUCAUCACCGCCGAGAACGAAGCGCGAAACACCGCCCCGGUUACCGAGCAAAAAGCAACGCUCCCAAUCACUCACCCCACUGCACGGUGGCCAGGGUGUACAGCAGAAGUACAGCAGUGCUGACGGUGUUAUUAGCGGUAAUGGUAGCAACGGUGAAGGCAAAUCCAACACCAGCAAGCAUUCGGCACGGUUGGCCGAUACGCCCGAGAAGUGUAACAGUGCGGACGGUGUGAUACAUCCCGACGGAACCGGUGGACGAUCACACCAACCGGGAGAGGAGAAAAGCUCGAGUGCGGACGGAGUGGUGGUGAAGUCUCAAACCCUGACACGUCCCAACUCGACCGAUCCGAACAAUGGGAUAGGAUCGUUGAAAAGUAGCUGCCAAUCGUUGCCUCGCUCGGCCAGUCUACGAUCGUCGCAAGGGAAGCUCAGUUCCCGAGCGUCUAGCAUUAACAAGGAACCUAGCGAACACUCGCUGAGUCCUUGCAUCGAGCAGAAACAGUUCGCGGAGGACGAGGAACGUGAACAGCCACCGAGUCCUCCACCGAAACCGAUUCGUGGUGGUGGAACGCUACAGAGGCGAGAUUCUAUGAAGGACUCGGACACACAAUCCGUGCAGGGCGGAAGUACACACGGUGGACGUGGAAUGGGCUCGUACCAUCCGAGUGGAUCCGAUUCGGGCAAUGGGUCGGGCGAUUCGGCACAAAGCUCCGCCACCGGCGAAGAACUGGCCCUGCCGGCACGAGGUGUCGGUGGAGUCGUACUGCGGAAUCCGCGCUUCAUACCCACCUCCCUGUCGUCGGUUACGUUGCGUUCCCAUGCGGAAAUUGAUCCGGUCGCAGCGGAGGAAGCGCUGCUGUCGAUGCAGAUACCCACCUACGAGCAGGUGUCACGGUUCGAUCUGGAAAAUUUUAACACACUGCUGCUACCGUUCUGUGACUGCAAACCGCUGGACAGCGGUACGCUCAACACUGUCCGGAUGAUGCUGUGCGAGUCGGGACCGCGUGUCAUCGCGAACCAUCUGACGCGGGUUGACAUUGGACUGAUCUUAGAAAAAGAGGAGUCCAGGAAGGAUGAUCCACUGAGCUGUACCGGGUUGGAGUUGAUCACACUGGAGCAUGGCAAGCAGUACCGGUUGGAUUUGAUUGAACGCACGGAGUGUAUGAAGCUGCUUGUUGCUGUUACCAUCCUAACCUGCCAGAGUGACCUGGAGCGAGCCGAAACGCUCAACAAGUGGAUCCAGAUAGCGGUGGAAACGAAAACUGCCUUGGGUAAUCUGUUUGGCUUUAGUGCCAUCAUGCUGGGACUCUCAAUGCCACAGAUCCAAAAGCUAGAAUCGACCUGGCACACGCUGCGCCAAAAGUUCACCGAUAGUGCAUUCAACUUCGAAGCUAAGCUAAGGCCUACGCUAAACAGCAUGAACGACUGCUCGAAUCCACAGGCACCGAACACAACCAUCCCGCACAUACUGCCGUACGUAUUGGUUAAGGAUCGCACAAUAAAUGAUGUUUUUGCUAAUGCUUCGAGCCCCUGCCCAUCGCUGAUCGCUUCGUGCGUCACACCGUGGGAAACCAUCACGCAGGACUUUGGCUUUUCCGUGCUCUUUGCUCAUCUGGAUGCGGCACGCAGCUUCAUCAACAACAUUUCACUCUACAAAAAGAAUGCUCAAACUAUCAUGCAGGACACUAGCCGACUGGAUCCGCUGAUGGAGGAUGCGUUUAAGACUGAAUUUCAGAUGAAAUUCCUGUGGGGUAGCAAGGGCGCACUGGUACCGGCCGAGGAGCGUCACGCCAAAUUCGAACACGUGCUCACCGUAAUGGCGGAGAAGUUUUGCGGUGAUCCAUCGGCCGGCUAAGCCGCGGUAGGACUGUCGCCCUCAGCACUGUGAAUAGCUAUUAUCACCAUAUUUAUUAGACGACACGCGCCGACCAGCCAUCUCAUCUUUUCAUCUCCUACUAUUACUACCACUCUAACUACUAUUACCACUACUACUACCACUACCUAACUACCCUAAUACUUGCAUCGAUGCGGGAAUUGAUAUUUUGGAUUGUACAAAGGUUAGUACUAGCUGACGUAUACAUAAUUAGUGGCAAACAAAAUGGAAACCCCCCUGAACACAACAUAGAUCAAAAAGCUUUUACAUUCGAAUAAUACUCAAAUUGAUAGACAAUUUGCGAAUAAUGAUCGAGGAGGAAUCGAGCAGGAGGGGAAAAAACAAUAAUAGUACUAUUACAUUUGGCAUUUGCGGGGUGUGCGUGGUGAAUGGGAAAAUAAUUUUGUAGCAUGGAACUACUUAAAACAAAAAGCACGAGGACGACAUAAUUUGCAAAACGACCAAACAACAACACAUGAAAAGUGACACCUACGAUAGAGGUAUUAUAUGCCACUUAGUUUAAUAAUGCGCAAACAAGUACUGCCAAAUGAAGCAACGACUACUAAACUACUAUCUAAUAGAAGUAGCAGCACAACCACCUUUUUUUAGAUUUCUGAGACCACAAUCAAACCCCAAUUACUUACAAGCGCGCGCAUGGUUCACACAUCGCGGGGAUUCGAACUCCAUACCACACACCAUCGAGUGCUUGUUGCGACGCCGUGCUUUAGCCGACCGCACUAAACGACCGACCCGACUACUAGCACGCAGCGCCGCAAACAAAAACGAAGGAACCGGUAGAAGUUUGUAUCGAAUUGAAACUAAGCGAAAUAACCGCACCAGACGAACGCAGAUGAAGAUCCGGCUACAAUAGCCGGUGUGGUAAUAGUAGUAGCAAGGCGAUCAUCAAGGUUGAAAAGUGUGUGCGUGUGUGUGUGUAAAAUCUAGUCAAAAUAUACCAAAACGCGUUUACUAUACACAUUGAUUAAUAAUCGUAGAUGGGAGAACAUCUUAAAGUGAGAUGUACGGAGUUGCUUGAUUUUUUUAAAGAGAGAGUGUGUGUGUGUAAACGACUUUAUAAUAUUGAGGAACCAUACACACUUGAAUGAAAAGAGUUGAGAGGAGGAUCACAUUUUCUAAAACCGAGAAGCAUAUUAAUAACACUUUUUGUGAACAAACUAUAUCCAUCAACUCAUUAGGACAGGGAUACUUACCGUAUAAAAUGGAGAUGCAAGCGAGCAGAAUCAAAUGUCGUAUGUAUAUGAUCUAUAAGCCGGUGUGAACGAUUGACUUGUUUCGGUACAAGCUAUUCCGCGCCGAUGCAGGAUGUUCGGGAACCAAUCAGAUUGUUUUUUCGUUCGCGUUACACUACACAGCAAAUCAAGCAAUAUGUACUUAUGGGUUGUAUCAAGCGCGGUAUGCGACCCAUUCCUUUUCCCUACAAGGCAUCUGGUUUAUAAAACCAUACAAAAAUAUCAACCAAACACUCCUACAGCAAAGGGUAAGCAACAACCCCCUUUUAGAGAUGUAGCGGGUACUGGACCUAACCGUUAGCCCAGGGCGCGGUCUUUAAGUUAUCCCCUCAGGAGUAGCGUUUAUAAUGGCGGACGACCUAGAUGAUGCAGAAUAUUGAAAUGUUUUCAUACGUUUGCACGCGAUUGUUACCACACAAAACCCCACAUUAGCUCAAGUUGAAUGUAUCCAGACCACUAACUUAUCCCGUAGAGAGUCUAUGUUAUUUAUCGACAUCUCAUCAGCAUUCUUAGUUCAUAGUUCUUUUGAAUUAUAGCAGUUGAAUCACAAACCGGACGAGUAUCUUGAAUAUCUUAAUCAGUACCACACCAAAGUCUGCGUUUGUCUGCCUUGGACAAAGGAACUUCAAGGCGUGGAUAUAACUUGUUUGAUAAUAAUUUUUAGAACCGUAAACUAUAAGAUGAGGCAAAGAAAGGGAAACGUAGAGAGCGGACGAUGAAAUCUCUUGGAAAAAAAAGAACCCUAGCCGCCGUAUAAAGGAAAGGCACAUUUAUACCCUCAAAAACUUCCGCUAAAUGGUGCAGACUUACGAUAGCAUGAAUGAAUGGACGAAACUAUACUAUAUAGGCAGGAAUGAGCACUCAAACAGUUUGGGUGUGAAGAUGCGAAGAUUAAGGGGCAGAUAGGAAAGGGGGAGGGCCGAUUGGGUCCACAGGGUGGUAUGUAACUGGAAAGUAUUAUAUAUAUAAAUAGUUAUGGAAACAAAGUACUUGUCAUGAUGAUAUGUUGUACAAAAAUGCUCUAGUACAGCUGGGAGUUUGAGGGGUUCGAAAUAAACAUUGAGCGAGUGUCGCUAACGAAGUGUUUAAUUCAAAUCCUUUCAAAGCCUUCGGUACGUCUAUUCAAGCAUGGUCUAGAAGAAGGGUAUGGAAAAUGAAACCUAAUGUAUGAAAAUAAAUUAUUUAAUACGACUAAA